GUCAGUGUCAACAAUAGUUUACCCGGAGGGUUACACAGAAAAAUAAUAUUAUUAAUACUUAAACCAGAAGACGGAGACCACCUGUUAACGGCUGAUGUUUGUCUGUCUGUCUGAUCGAUAUGGCGGAAGAAAGCCAAACCGUUGUUAGUGUUAUUCCUGAUGAUGAAGGAAAAGGGAAGUUCAAGAAGAGUGGCGAUGUUGCUUUUUACAGGCGACAGAUCCAGAGCCCAAACCUGCAGCACCGAGCCCUUUUGGACACCAUGGUGCUCACAGAGAAGGGGGCACGUUUUGAGCUGUUGGAACCAGACAUACAGACCAAGCUGCUUCUCUCCGUGUCACCUUGCAAAAACGACACUGUGAGGAUAUUUAUAGACGAACUGCAGCCCCUUAAAGCACGAUACCGAGUUCCAGAUGUGACAACAGAGGAGCAGCAGUGUGAACAGUUGAGAGUGCAGAGACAGACGAAGGACUCUGUCACCCUCUCUUGGUCAUCAGGACGUCACCAGGUGUGUGUCUGGCAUUUCCCUUUCCGGCUGGAGAUCCUGUGUGAAGACAAAGUGAUGCUUACAUUCAACUCUAAGAGCAAACUGUGGUUCGAGAUGCUGCAGGACCCACCCAGAGCCACAUCUCAUGGUAGUGAGAUUCAAGAGGACCACACAAGUUUAUUAUGGAAAGAGACUUUCAAGCAGUUUGUGGAUAUCAAAGCUAAUGGGCCCAGUAGCAUCGGGGCUGACCUCUGUCUCCAGGGGUUCAGGCAUGUGUACGGUCUACCAGAACACGCUGACGGCUUUCAGCUCAGAGACACCAGAGACGGCGAACCUUACCGGCUGUAUAACUUGGAUGUCUUUGCGUAUGACUUGUACAGCCGCCUCGGCCUGUACGGCUCUGUGCCGCUGCUGGUGGCCCACAAGCCAGACAGGACUAUGGGUGUGUUCUGGCUGAAUGCAUCCGAAACGUAUGUGAACGUUAAUUACAGCCCGUCUGACCACGAGGACGGCCAAACACCCCCAGUGAAGAGGAGACGGACUGAGCCUCACACUGACGUCCACUGGCUGUCAGAAAGUGGCGUUAUUGACUGCAUGGUUCUGCUCGGGCCCAGCCCACAGCAGCUGUUCACCCAGUACGCUCAGCUCACAGGAUAUCCAGCCCUGCCUCCGUUGUUUGCGCUCGGGUACCACCAGUGCCGCUGGAACUACAACGACGAAGCUGAUGUGAAGGCUGUAGACGAUGGAUUUGAUCGCCAUCGCAUCCCGUACGACGUCAUCUGGCUGGAUAUCGAGCACACCGAUGGGAAGCGUUAUUUCACCUGGGACUCUGCUCUGUUCCCUGACCCGGCCGGCCUGCAGCGCCACAUAGAGAAGAAGAAGAGGAAGUUGGUUGUGAUAAGUGAUCCCCACAUCAAGGUUGACCCUGAUUGGCCGCUGUACUGUGAGGUCAGAGAUGGAGGGCAUUUCGUCAAGAACAGAGAGGGGCAGAUGUAUAAGGGCUCAUGCUGGCCUGGUGAGUCCUUGUACCUUGACUUCAGCAGUCCGAACACUCGGGCAUGGUACUCCAGAUGUUAUGGCCUGGAUAAGUACAAGGGAUCAACACCAUCGUUAUUUGUUUGGAAUGACAUGAAUGAACCGUCUGUGUUCGAUGGGCCGGAGUCCACGAUGCCGAAGGACGCCGUGCAUUACGGCGGCUGGGAACACCGGGAAUUACACAACCUGUACGGCUUCUACCAGCACAUGGCAACAGCAGAGGGUCUAAUAACUCGUUCAGGGGGCGUAGAGAGACCAUUUGUCCUCUCACGCUCCUUCUUUGCCGGGUCACAGAGACAUGGAGCAAUAUGGACGGGUGACAACGUCGCCACUUGGGAAUAUCUGAAGAUCUCGAUUCCAAUGCUGUUGUCUUUAAGUGUGACAGGCAUCGUGUUCUGUGGAGCUGAUGUCGGUGGUUUUGUACAGGAUCCAGAGCCAGAGUUGCUGGUGCGCUGGUACCAGGCAGCCGCCCUGCAGCCGUUUUUCAGAGGUCACGCUGCAAAAACGACAAAUCGCCGCGAGCCCUGGCUGUUUGGAGAGGAAGUCACCGAUGCAAUCCGCACUGUGAUCCAACAGAGGUACUGUCUGCUGCCUUACUGGUACACUCUGUUUCACCAGGCUCACACCUGCGGUCUGCCUCCUCUCAGACCUCUGUGGGUGGAGUUCCCGAGAGAAGAGAACAGCUUCACUGUGGACAACCAGUAUAUGAUUGGAGGAGCACUGCUGGCCUGUCCUGUAACUGAAGCCGGUGUGAAAGAAGUCAAAGUCUUACUGCCUGGAUCUGAUGAAGUUUGGUACGACGUCCACUCUAUGAAGGAUUAUAAAGGAGGCAGGACUCUGAGUUUCCCGGUCACCCUGGACACAGUUCCUGUGUUCCAGCGUGGCGGCUCGGUGGUCUGCAAGUCAACAGGAAGUGUUUCCUGUACAGCUGAACUCCAGCAGCUCCCCCUCUCCAUCACUGUCGCCCUCAGCUCCCAGGGCGUCGCUGAUGGUGAGUUGUACCUGGACGACGGCCACUCCUUCAGCUACCGCCACAAUAAGGCCUUCUGCCUGCGCAGGUUCAACAUGCUGUCAGGCCGUCUGCUCUGCCGUCCUGCCAGUGUAGAGGGAACAUUUGACUGUGAUACUGUCGUGCAGUCACUCACCGUCCUGGGUGUGAAGAGCAAACCGUCCACAGUGGUUGUGCACGUGUCAGGUUCUAAAGACACGGCUGCUGAUUUUCAUUACACGGAGAGCUGCUGCACGCUGACGGUGAACAACCUGAAGCUCAGAGUGACGGUGGACUGGGAGAUACAUAUAAAUGGUUAACUGUGAAAGUGUCAGUCACUGAGUUUCACUCCUCCAGGAGAAUGUCAGGUAAACCCUGUCAGAAUAAUUUUAGUUAAUCAAAUCACCACACUACGUUGAAUAUAUUUGGGAUAAAGACUUGUUUUAUGCUGUUGACACUAAAGUGUUCACAGCACUUGUAGCAAUUGCUACUUGUAGCUUUUAGCAAUUGUAGCUAAAACAAACAAGCCUUAAAAAAAGUGCAGGAGGGACUUCAUACAUGAUUGUUUAAUCAUUUUACUUGAAUUGAACUUAAAGUUUUUAGAAUUUUCUGACUUAAUUUGGUCAUCAAGAGAACAAAAGGGAAAUAUUUUAACUGGGAAUGAUAAGAUUGUUAUUUGUUCUUGAAUUAUCAAGAUAAUUGAUUUAUUGUUAAUAAUAAUCAGUGAAAAAUGAUUUAAAGUUGUGGAGUGAAAGUGUUCUGAAUUAAAGGCACACUGAUCUGCAGCUUCCUGUUGUAACAGACAUUUUAUUCUGAACAUGUUGUCAUGCUUAGCUGACCUUUAACAUCCUUGUUUUUCUAUUUUAUUUUUUUUUGGCAUACCCAAUAGAAAGCUUACAACAGAAGCAAACAAAACACAUGUAAGAGGCUUCAUUUGAAAGGUAACAUCUUCUACUUCCUGAAAAUGUGAUUCAUUUAAAACUCAGUAUGAACUGCAUCAGUUCAAAUAUGACUCAAGAAAGUUUCUUAUGUCCUCGUUGAUAAUAAUUCAUAUUUGAAUAAUAAUAACUCAGACAUCCUUUAAGUCAGAACUGUGCAAAUCACCAAACACCUUCUGCAACUUGCUUCAAUGUCAACCACACCUGUGUAAAAUUCCAGAUUUACAGGUCGAACCUUACAGGAGUUAGGGGUUUUUUAGGUUUUGCUGUCAGUGUUCUCGUGCCUCUGAAAACUUAAAUGUGUAUUAAAAAACAAUACAACUAUAUUUAGGAACUGGUGCGUUUUAAGAGGUUAACACCUGGUUACAAAGCAAAUAUUUUGCUCAACAACAUGGUGUUGUGUUGGUGUGAUGUGUGACCUGACCUCUUCCUAACCCAGAUGUUUGCUCACUGAAGAGAGACACAAAAUAGUACAAUAACAAAUGCUGCAAUAAGCUGAAUUCCUACAUGAGACAAGGAAAUAGCAGCGAGUGUAAGAUUCAGGGUCAAAACAACCUGAUAUUGUAACAUAUACUAUUAUUUUUUAACUUCUUUUAUAGUUUUGUUUAUUUAAAUUUUUAGGGUAUACAUGGAUCAGUAGUUCAGUUUCUAAGUUUUAGUGGCCACACCAGGUCAGGUAAAUGUACAAAAGUAAGGUAAAUGUCUCUAUACAUGGAUCGAGAAAAGAGAUAUUUUGAUCACAAAUAUUAAAUAAGAAAGACCAUAUUAAAAAUAAUCAAUAUUAAUAAUAAUGUCAAGAAUAAUAAAAAAAAUAAGUCAAUAAAAUAAUGAA